GUGUAUGUAGAGUUUGAUGACCAGGAGUGGGACAAGCGAGAGUGGGUGAAGGUCUACGAGGAUUUCCAGCUGUUUCUCCUGGAGCACCAGCUGGUCUGGGCCAAGAGGAAAGAGGGGGGAGCAGCAACAGCAGCAGCAGCAGGAGGAGGAGCAGGAGGAGGAGCAGGAGGCCUCCUGCAGGGAACUAAGGUCAAACACAUACAGUGGCCUGCACUGGCGUUCAAGCCAGUGGUGGGGAAGAACCUGUUGUCGUCAGUAACAGCAGUGGAGUUCUUGUUGGACCGACAACUGGACUUUCUUUCUGACCAUUCAGCUUGUCAACCGUACCAGGAUGAGGUGGACAGUCAGAACCCAGUGUUUCGAGACAACCCUCAGCUCCUCGAAGAAGUGAAGGGCUGGCUCAAAGACCAGAAAGUGCAGGAGAUUUUUAUGCAAGGUCCCUACUCAUUAAAUGGCUACCGAGUGCGUGUAUACAGACAGGACUCCGCCACCCAAUGGUUCACUGGAAUCAUUACACACCACGACCUCUUCAGUAGAAACAUGGUCGUUAUGAAUGAUCAGGUACUAGAACCACAGAACGUAGAUCCAUCUAUGAUCCAGAUGACCUUUCUCGAUGACGUUGUCCACUCUCUGCUGAAAGGAGAAAACAUUGGCAUCACAUCCAGACGAAGGUCACGAUCCAGCCAGAAUAACAACUCUUCUCAUAGUCAUUACACACGAGCCCAGGCCAACAGCCCCCGCCCUGUGAUGACAUCAUCGGGACCGAAUCCUAAGAGUUCCCAGGGGGCGCUCGUCCCCCAGCAGCAAAGUCAACUGCAGCAGAUCCAGCAGCCAAUCAACCAGUCUCACCAUUCACCAAGUGGGAAUGGGCGGGAGCCGAGAGAGCAUCGUAACUCACGCUCGUGCAGGAGGAAAGGGUCUGAUAGCAGCGUUCCAGAAGAGGACAGGGACAGAAGAGAAGAGACCGUGGGCCGAGAAUCAAAGAUGAAGGUGAAGCUGGCAGUGAACAAACGCAGAAAAGAUGAAGAAGAUGAGAAAAAGGCCGGUUUGAAAAGGCUAAAGCCUGACAUGACGUCCGAUCUGUCAGAGAGCAGUGACUCUGAAAACCCACACAAGAGGACCACCCCCUUCUCAUGCUCCUCUUCCUCUUCAUCGUCUUCCUCGUCCUCCUCCUUCUCCUCUUCAUCUGAGCCCAACUCUGAGAAUGAGCUGAAAAGUCGCAGUAGUGAUGUAACACAGAGCUCCAUUAGCAGAACUGAGGAAGAGGAGAAACAAGUGAUGAAGGGAUCCAGGUUGGAUGAUUCCCCAUCACUCACUGGUUGUGCAUCCCCGUGGGCGGAGCUUCAGCCAGCAGAUAAUUUCAAGAAGAGCACGGUAAAGGAGCCAGGUAAAAUUCUUACAAAGGAAGAGGGAGAUUUGGUGACAGAUGGUCAGAUCAGCCGGCCUGCACCGCAACAGACUCUGGUGUGUGAUAGUACCCAGAGCGGGCCUACAGAGACCAGAAAGAGCAUCACUAAAGUGUCUGCUCAACCCCACACGCAGUCACUGUCACAGCUCCACAGCGGCGGCAUCAUUGACAUCACAGACGACGCACAAGCCACCGUGCACCAGGAGAGCUCGGAGGCCGUGUCGGCGCUGCUUGCCUCCCAGAGCGUCGAAACCGUUGCUUUCUCACCGUACCUGCCUCUCAACCCGUCCCCGGUCUCCUCACCUCCCAUUCCUCCAUCGCCCUCCCCGUCAGAGGGGUGUCGCAGGGUGGAGAUGGAGCCUCUCAUGAAGCAGCCAGGCAGCACAGGAAGUGGCAUUCCAUCACCCAAAAGUUCAAGCAGCAAGACUGAGUUUUCUCCCUCUGAGGUCAUCAGGCCUGUCACGUCUGUAGCUGAACCUGUGCCUCUGGUGGAGAAGAAAGCUGUUCUGUCUCAUCAUCACCUUCAUCGUCAGCAGCAGCACAAACAGCUGCAACAUUACACAGCGUUCCAUCAUGGAGAUCACCCAUCUGUAACAGAAGAGAUGAGAAAACUUCCACAGCAGCAGCAGCCCCCUCACAAGCUGAACACAGCCACCCCCCCUGACUCAACUAAAUCCAGAAUGAGCCCAAACCACGUUCAGCACGACUCCCUGAGACAGAACUCCCAGCACUACAGGAACUCUCCAGUUCACCCCUACUCCAUCACAAGUCCAGCAGACCAUCCUAAAACUAAGCCCCCCCAUGGCCUGUUGGACACUUCUAAACCCAAACCAAACACUUCUCCAGAGGUGUCCAAGCAUAAAAUACUGAGGUACUCUGAUACGUCCCCACCUCCACCUGGCCGUGUGCCCACUAAAGUAGACUCAGCAGAACCUCCGCUGUCUGAUUUCAAGCCGCUGCGCUCGGAGGCGAGUGGAGCCAGCAGCACCAGCACCACCAGCAGCACCAAGAGUCCGCUGAUCAUCGACAAGAAUGAGAGUUUCACUGUUUACAGGGAUCCAGCACUGGUUCGCUCCGACGCCGAGAACGCUGCCUCUUCAACGAACUCUUCUAACCACGUUACAGCCUAUUUACACCCUCACCUGCACACCCUUCACCCCCCCUCCCCACACUCCCCGUGCCUCACACCUGCAUCACACGCCCAUACUGCCUCCCAUCUCCUUGGCUCUCCUCACUCCGCAGCCUUACCUCACCCCCACCUUUUACCUCCUGGAAUGCUCCCAGCAAUGCCUCCUCCUGCAGCCUCUCUGUUUGGAGGUCAUCCUCGGCUGGACUCCCCCGGGGCUUUAGGUCACCUUGCCCUCCCUCACCCAGCAGCUACGCACCAGCAGCAGUUCAUACAGGGCCACGCCAGUGCAGCAGGGCUUGGACUGUACCCCAUCAUUUGGCAGUACUCUAACGGAACAGCAGCCUCCUACCCUCCUGGACUCAAUCUGCAGCCCACUUCUAAGUGGGUACAUUCUGAAAAUCCAGUCACUGUGAAUUCUGAUGGUCCUCUCAGGAGGAACACUGCCAGUCCAUGGCUGCAUCAAACAGCUGUUAAUGCUGGGGAUGGUCUGGGUUUGAUGAACCACAUCCCAGUCCGGCCGGCCAGUGCUGACCCUCACCGCUCACAUGUCAGGAUUAACACAAACUCAAGUCCUCCCAUGUCUAAGACCACCAUGGACGUCAAGAAAGAAGAUAUGGAUAAGAAAGCCUUUGUGGAUCCCGUCAGAACUUUGACGUUGGCACAACUUGGGCAGGAUCAGAUGGACCGAAGUCGCACCCCUACAGGAAAAGAUGUCCACCUUCACCGAAUGUACCUCGAUCCACACUGCAAGUCCCGUCUGACUAACGCACAGGAAGCACUUCAGACGACAGACCGAGCUACUAAAUACAAAGAGGAUAACCGUCAGAUCUUGAAAGAGAGCAUUGAAGUUGCACCUUUCACAGCAAAGAUCCAACGUUCUGUUGACCCCGUCGUGAACAGGGACAGAGGACGCAAAGAUCAAGUAUUUCCUGUCCGGGUGCCACCUCUUGCUUCUCAAAGUCCAAAGACAAGCCACACUCAUCCUCAUGUCAUACAGACAGAAAAAAGUGGCUACUAUACCACACUGUCCAACAGCAUCGUAAAUGAGCCUCCAAGACUGUACCCUUCCAAGGAGGGAUACGGUCUUGGAGGCUCAGUUGGAACUUCAGGGAUUGGUACUAGUGUUGGGGCUCAGUCCUUGAUAAAUUACACCCCCAAAGCCUCCCUUUCCAAGCCCCCACCACUCAUUAAACACCAACCAGAAGGAGGAGAAGGUUUAGCAGUCAAAAUCACUGAACAGCUCAACCAGCAGGUCACAUUUGUCCAACCUCAACAUCACAUAAGUGUCGACAGAAAAGAACGCUACAAUCCUGCCAUUUCCCCUCCCUCUGCCACAUCGUCCUCCUUAUCCUCAGUCUCCAACCAUCACCAUCAUCACCUACAGCAGCAGCAACACCAGCUUAGGGCAAUGCCAUCUCUAUACCGAGCACCUGUUUACCACCCACCCACACAAUUUGCACUGGAACGCAAAGAACCUGCAGAACAAGAGAAAGAAAAGGACAAAUCUGUUUAUGGGGGACGGUUGUCACCACCAACACUCACACCCAUACAGCCAGUCACUUUAGUUACAUCUGGCACCAAAGCAUCAGUUGAGCAGCAGAAGCCGCCAACUCUUGUACCAGAACUCAGGGACAUCAAAGGUCAUGGAAUCACUGCUGCAGUCAUCUCUAUGGCAUCUACCGUUGGUGGGGAUAUUAUGGCAGAUAGAUGGAGAAAAAGAGAGACAGUUCAGGAAAGAGAAAGUGUGUUGUAUAGAGAAAAAGAGGGUUCCAAGUGUAAGCCCCAAGCAGCAAUGGCAUCAGUAAUUGUGCGACCAACAACAUCUGUUAAGUAUGAAAGUCCUCUUGAUAUGAACAAAUCUAGUGCUUUUAUUCCCAAGGAGUUUCUCACAGGAAGGUUGUACCCAUCCAAGCUUCAAGAGGAACUACCAAGGUUUAGAGAUGGUGUUCGAGAACCUGGAGCUGGCAGAGUUAUUCAAUCAAUCUCAAACUUGGAUGACAUGUCUGUCCGGUAUAAAAACUCUUCCAUGCAUGGUAUACAAAGCCUUGCAUGUGCCAACACUACCAGUUCUUUUUGCAGGUCUGCUGUUGUAGUCUCAUCAGGUGUUGAUGUACAGAAUGAAACCCCCAAAUCAGAGCACUCAACUUUGGAACAGUCUGCUGCCCAUAAAACUGGUGCUGGAAACUGGGUUCAUAUCCAUUCAGGACCAGACCGAGAAAACCAUGAGGGCUUUGACCCAACUUCCACAUCACCAGGGUUGUAUUCACCUAUUUUCACUUCAGCAGGAACACCCCUACCCAGUCAAAAUUUCAUCCCAGCACCCAGCUCCAUUUCUGGCUCAGGUCAACCUUAUUCUUGUUUUGUUCAUCCCAAAAAGCUCAAAGCUGCUUUAGCUGCAGCCCAGUCCAGAAGCAACCUCCCUACUGCUCCUGCAUCCUCAACAGCUGGAAACUCCUCCUUAAUUGUUGAUUUAAUGGACAAAACUCCCAAUCAUAGUUCCACCCCUCCACCCUGUUUGAGCCAAGUCUCAUCAACCUCGGGAGACAGCAGUAGCAACAACUCUGCAAUUGGUAGCGCAUCACCAGAAAAGACCAGCCCUUUACCGAAUGGUCAGUCUUUGGCGUUGGCCUCGGUUAGCUGUGGGCAGCCCAUUAACUACCACAAGCUGAAGAAGGCCUGGUUAACUCGGCAUUCUGAGGAGGACAGGAAUAUUCCAACUACAGUUAGCACUUCUAUUACUAAAGCAGAAAAACUGCUCACCACCAUGACCAGCACGUGUAACACUACUGCCAUGACAGAUAUGAUCAAACCUUGUACGGUCAACCUUUGUGCCUCCACUUCAAAUGAGGUGGAGAUGAGCAAAGACAGUGGAGGCAAGGGGGAUAAAGAGAGGCAGCUGGAGGAGAAGAGUGCAGGAGGAGGUGUGGAGGAAAAGAAAUCGACUCCAUCAAGGCGUGGGAACAAGCGCUCAUAUGACUCUGGUUCAGAAAGUGGGGGAGAUGACUCCGAUGUUAGUGAGAGCAAGAUGGAGGGUCGAGCCAAACGUCAGCCUAAACCAACCUACAAGAAGAAACAGAAUGACAUGGCCAAGAAGAAGGGGGACACUGAGAAAGAGGAAGAUGACGUGAAGCCCAAUGGGAUCUUUAGAUCAGCCCGAGAGAAGACUAAACUCAAACUUGCCAGCACUAAUGGGAUCCCCCGCUCGGUGCUGAAGGACUGGAGGAAAGUGAAGAAGCUGAAGCAGACUGGGGAGUCUUUCCUGCAGGAUGAUUCGUGUUCAGAAAUUGGACCCAAUCUACAGAAAUGUCGGGAGUGUCGGGUGUUUCGCAGUAAAAAAAGCGAGGAGCCAGCACAUUCCCCCGUCUUCUGUCGUUUCUACUAUUUCAGACGGCUUUCCUACAGUAAAAAUGGAGUUAUUCGAAUGGAUGGCUUCUCCACCCCAGACCAGUUUGAUGACGAGGCCCUGGCCCUGUGGGUCCCAGGGCCUGAGGAGGAGAGCCACCUGGACCAGAACACAGCCAAAUACAUUCUCACUUUCAUAGGAGAUAAGUUCUGUCAGAUGGUUAUGACAGAAAGUACUGCUGCCAGCUGGAUUAAAAAAGAUGGCAAGCUGGCAUGGAAGCGAGCAGUGAGGGGGGUCAGGGAGAUGUGUGAUGCAUGUGAAGCAACGCUCUUCAACAUCCACUGGGUGUGCCAGAAAUGUGGCUUUGUUGUCUGCCUGGACUGCUACAAGGCCAAGGAGAGGAGGAGCUCCAAAGAUAAAGAACUUUAUGGAUGGUUGAAGUGUGUCAAAGGACAACCUCACGACCACAAACAUCUCAUGCCAACUCAGAUUAUCCCUGGAAAAGUGUUGGCAGAGUUGGUGACGUCCAUGCACUCCCUGAGAGACAAACACAACAUAAACUCCCACUGUCCGUGCAGCAGCAAACAGAAUGUCCUCACUAAACUGCCAUCAACCAACGGGAUCUCACAGGUGCUGCAAAAUGUGCUAAACCACAGCAACAAGCUGUCUCUGAAAGCUGAGCCAGGCUCCCAGCAGAACUCUGGUCACGAAGGAGCCAAAGCAGAAACCAACGGAGGAGGUGGUGGAGGAAGCAGCCCUGGAAGUGAUGCAGGAAGUGUAGCUGCCACCCCACCAGUGUCCCAGUCCCCUCUUCACUUCCUUGCUGACCUGGCAGAGCAAAAGUCCAGGGAGGAAAAAAAAGAAAACAAAGAAGCGGUGGUGGCAGGUAAAGCUGUGAAAGAAGAGAAGGAUGAGGACAGCCUUGAGGUUCUGCAGCAGUGUAAAAGCACCGCGCUGAUGGCCAGCAGUACAGCAGAGCAGGGCUCCACACUCAGAGAUCUACUCACCACCACAGCAGGGAAACUCAAGCUGGGCUCUACUGAUGCAGGCAUCGCCUUUGCUCCUGUCUACUCUACUGCUUCACAGACUGACAAAAGCGGGCGGACCAUGCCAAAUAUCCUUGAUGACAUCAUUGCUUCGGUGGUCGAGAAUAAAAUUCCUGCCAGUCGUCAGAACGUCACCACCAAGUUGUCAAUCAAGCAAGAUCACAUCAGCCCCAGCAGCAACAGUAAUCCUGCCCCGGCUGUUGGUGAGGAGGUCAAACCAGAAAGGAAGAGGUCUUCCCCCCUGUCUGCUGUGGUCCUGGAGAGUUCAGUCCGUCAGUAUCCAGACAUCCCCCACUGUUUGCUGAACAAUCGGCAGUUACUGUGGCUCAAAGAUCACAGGAACCAGAACAACUGGAAGCUGUUCAGAGAAUGCUGGAAACAAGGACAGCCUGUGUUGGUGUCGGGGAUCCAUAAACGAUUAAACACCAGUCUGUGGAGGGCAGAUUCUUUCAACCAGGAGUUUGCAGACCAUCAGGGAGACCUGCUCAACUGUAGAGACCAGGUGGUGUCUAACUCUGGGAUCAAGGAAUUCUGGGAUGGAUUUGAGGACAUAAACAAACGGCCCAAGUCCAAAGAUGGAGAACCCCUGGUCUACAGACUGAAGGACUGGCCGUCUGGAGAGGAGUUCAUGGCUCUCAUGCCUUCAAGAUAUGAUGACUUGAUGAAGAACCUUCCACUGCCAGAUUAUUGUGAUCCAGAAGGGAACCUGAAUCUGGCCUCCCACCUGCCAUCGUUUUUUGUCAGGCCAGAUCUGGGACCAAGACUCUGCUGUGCAUAUGGUGUAGCUGCAUGCCAGGACCAGAACUUUGGGACAGCCAACCUCCAUGUGGAAGUCUCAGAUGUGGUCUCGGUCCUGGUUUAUGUUGGAGUGGCCAAAGGGAACGGAGUCCUGUCUAAAACUGGAGUGCUGAAGCGACUUGAGGAAGAGGAUCUCGAUGAGGGCGUUCGAAGACGACUGAAAGACUCCAGUGAAACGCCGGGGGCACUGUGGCACAUCUACCUCAACAGAGACAUGGACAAAGUCAGAGAGUUCCUGUACAAGCUGUGUAAGGAGCAGAGCUUGGACCUGUCGUUGGACCAGGAUCCAGUGAGAGAGCAUGGGUGGUAUCUGAGCAGGAAGCAGCGCCUGCGGCUGCUGGAUGAGCACGGAGUCCAAGGCUGGACUGUGGUUCAGUUCCUGGGAGACUCUGUUCUUCUGCCUGCGGGGGCCAUGCACCAGGUCCAGAACCUUCAUAGCUGCGUUCAAGUCAUCAACGACUUUGUGUCUCCUGAGCACGUGGCCCGGUCCUUCCACCUGACCCAGGAGCUGCGGUCCAAUAAGGAGGAGGUCAACUACGAGGACAAAUUACAGGUGAAGAACAUCUUGUACCACUGUGUGAAGGAGGCAGUGAGCUCUCUGAAGAGGAGCAGCUCUGACGUCAAGGAGGAGAAUUCAUGACGCCUGUUUGACCUGAGCCACACUGUUCAGACAGAACUACGACUCCCUUCACUUCACCCUCCUCAUGUGGUCCGCUUACAGCUGGGGGGCGUCGCGGAGGCACAGCCGACUCCGCCAUCACCCCAAACCUUCAGUGCCAAGAGGAGGCGCAGCAUCAGAGGAGCUGCUGGACUCCAUCUGCUGCGGUACAGAGCAGAGAGCGGAGCUCUUCUUGAUGCCUUCUGAUUUCUUCUUGGGAGUCUCAGGCUGAGCUGAACGCAGCAGUGAUGGUGGAGGCGGCACCUCCUCGUCACCUCCUCGUCACCAGCAGCGUCAAAGCGACGCCUGUGAUUCUAAACAAAUCUCAGAUGGUUCGUCGGCUCCUCAGCUGCUCCCUUGUUUCUUGUUUCGUCCUCUUUGUUUCCGGCUGUUCCCCGUCUGUUGUUUUAUUCUCUGUUCAUGCAUUGGUUUGAUACAAGCAACAUGCCUGAGGGCCGUCGUAUAAAUGUGUUGCAUCGUGAAUUGAUUCUCUUCCUCUGUGGUUUUCUGUUGUCGUCACUGUGAUGGAGGACACACACACUCACACACACACUCACACACUCACACUCACACCAGCAAAUGCCUGUAACUUUGUGAAACGUUGAUGCUCUGCAGUCCUCAUGCCAUAAAUAUGUUUUCUAAAGAUGAACUGCCAAACUGUUGUUAUGCUGUAAAGUUUGUGUAAAAAGAUUAAAAAGUGUGUACACAGCAUUUAAGGAAAACAAAUUGCUGUAAAAUUUUGACAUUUACAAAAAGUAUGUAAUUUAUUUAAGAAAAACAAUUGUCUUGCUUUUUGAUAAGAUUUACUAUUGUAAAACUUUUGAAGUAAAAGUUUAAAAUAAUUAAGACUUAUAAAGUGUAAAUAUAUACAUAUAUACAUUACUGAAGUAUUUUUGUAAACCAUGGCUCACUUUAAUUUCAAUUUUCAAAGUGCAAGUGUUACAUGCUUUGUACAUUGAAGUUCAAAAGGGUUUUACAUUUUCCAUUAAAAUGGAAUUUAU